UCUUGCUUUAAAUGUCAGUAAAUAAAUAAUUUUCCCCCUAUGUACGAAGACGCCUUGGGACCCUUGAAUUUGGUACGAGAUUCUGAACUAAAGGAGCUAGCCAAACCACCUCCCCUUGACAUCAAGGGUUUGGCGGUGCUUCUCGAGGAUAUAGUUCAAACCGCAGCUGGCUACAUCAAUGGCGAUCCCCAUGAAGAAUUUCUGUACAAAAAUCCAAAUGGUUGGAAAAUAUUUACAAAACAGAAGUUGAAAAUUGAAAACAAUGAUAGCAGCAGUGAUUCCUUUACCCUGCCCAGUACCUCCAGUUCCAGUUUGGGAAGUCAGAUGCCACGAGAACCCUGGUGUUUGUUGAGUGAUUUUCAGUUCCCUGCUGUGGUGAGGCAAAUAACACAAUUCAUUGAAAGUUGGGAGCUGACACCGGCCACCAAAUUCGUGGUCAUUGCCCGGGAGUUGGGGGUGGAGAUACCGCCAUUUGGCAAGAGAUAUUUUGUGGAGGCCCAUUUUUCAAAACCCACCCCCAAGUGUCCCAACCCCUUGGCCGUGGCCAAGGUCUUUUUUCAUGUCAAUGUAUGUGAUCUCCUGCCGCGGGAUUAUCCUGUAAGUGUUACCUAUCAAUUUGAAAAUCAUCGCAGCCGUUAUUAUGCCCUCGGCUGGCGGAAAUUAAAUUCAAAUAAUUUUCAACGAUAUUUCAUUGAUUCGGUGUUGCACAUGAAAUUGGCUUUUUAUGCCGAGUUGGAAGAAUGUCGUCGCAAAUUGCAUUCGCAGGAUAAAUAAAUUUUUGAUUAAAUAACUCUUUGCAAUUGA